CAGCUGCAGCGAGAACGUGACGAGAAUCAAGAGGAUCGAUGAUCUGAGAUUCAUCAGGAUGAUGAUGAUGAUGAAUUCGUCAGAAAAGUUGAAGAAGAAACCUCCGAAGGACAGUUUGACUCUGCUACCAUGUUUCUAUUUUGUGGAGCUGCCCAUUGUAGCGUCCUCCAUGGUUUCUCUUUACUUCCUGGAGCUGACGGAUGUGGUGCAGCCGGCUCAGGUUGGUUUCCGCUGCCACGACCGUGAGCUCAGUCUGCCGUACGUGGACGGAGGAGACGAGCUCAUCCCGCUGCUGAUGCUGCUGAGCCUCGCCUUCGCCGGACCUGCUGCCUCGAUCAUGGUGGUUGAAGGUGUCAUCUACUGCCUGCAGUCCAGGCUGAAGCUGCGCCGGGCGGAGGAGAGCAUCAACGCCGGAGGCUGCAACUUCAACUCCUUCCUGAGGAGGACGGUGCGCUUUGUAGGUGUGCAUGUGUUUGGUCUUUGUGCAACCGCUCUCGUCACUGACGUCAUCCAGCUGUCGACAGGUUACCACGCCCCCUUCUUCCUCACCGUCUGUAAACCCAACUACACUCAGGCCGGAGUGUCAUGUGACAAGAACCCGUAUGUCACCAAAGAUAUCUGCUCCGGGCACGACCAGCACGCCAUCAUGGCCGCCAGGAAGACGUUUCCUUCCCAGCAUGCAACUCUUUCUGCCUUUGCUGCUGUUUAUGUGUCAAUGUAUUUUAACUCGACCAUCUCCGAGAGCACGAAGCUGCUCAAACCCGUCCUCGUCUUCGCCUUCGCCAUCAGCGCAGCGCUAUCGGGUCUGACGCAGGUCACUCAGCACCGCAGUCAUCCCAUCGACGUCUACGUCGGCUUCCUCAUCGGAGCGUUUGUCGCCGCCUACCUUGCAGUCCACGCUGUGGCUAACUUCAAGUCGUCUGAUGACAACACACAACCCCUGCCCCCCCCUCCACCAAAAGAAGACCCUCUUCGAGCGCUGACAGAACGAGGACACGAGUCCGUCUACAACAAGGGACCCGCCUCCGCCUCGGAAAGUAACGAUGAAAUUGCGGCCGGUCCACCCCCCAUCGACCGGCUGGAGGGCCUGGGGCCCCUGCAGAGGGAGAAGGACUCCAUGGGGAGCCUGAAGAGGGCCAGCGUGGACGUGGAGCUGCUGGCUCCUCGGAGCCCAAUGGGGAAAGAGAACAUGUUGACCUUCAGUCAUACGCUGCCGAGGGCCAGCAUGAGCAUCAACGGGGUCUUAGGGGCCAACGAGAGACCAGAGGACCCAGUUCAGCCAGUUCAAUCAGUGCAGCCGGUGCAGCGGCGUCUGAAGGCCGUUCAGGUUCCCAUAGAUCCAAUGCGUUCGCAGCAGCUGGUGUCAGAGUGGAAGCAGAAGUCGAUGGAGAUGAGAGGCCUGAGCGCUCGUGAUGAGGCGGAGCGGGAUGCCAGUGAGGAUGGAUCGGAUGUGGGCUUUGUGGGGACUGACGAUGGGGGGUCUCAGGCUCCUAUCUACCAACCUGUGGUGCAGUCGGGGAGGUCAGUUUCCGGUCAAAACCCUACUCCUGCUCAAGGGGGUGCCAAAGCUGUUGCAACUCCCAGACCACCACAGAUUCCUGAAGCAGGACCCCCACCUGUGUCGCCAAAGAGCGCCCUGACCCGCGCCAAGUGGCUCGCUAUCCGGGAGAAGACGAGUGGGGAUGGGUUGGCCCGUGCUGCUGCGAACCAGCCACGACUCAUGCAGGUCAUCGCCAUGUCAAAGCAGCAGGGACUCCUCCCCCCCUCCUCCGGGGAGAAGUCCUCUGAGACCACCUCCACCUGCUCCGGUGCCUCCUCCAAAUCCAACUCACCGCACUACCGCCCCGCCUGUGAGCAGCAGCGGGAGGGGUCGGGUAUCGUCACAGUGGAUGCCCAUGCCCCCCACCAUCCUGUUGUCCAGGCCCUGCCCCCUCCUCAGGCCCCAUCCCUCACAGGUAAUGGUAACCCGUGGGAGUUGGCGGGGUCACCCAAUGGGGGCAACUCGCGGUACACCUACGACCUUAACAGCCUGGACCGAGGAGACUCGGUCGCACACAACAGCAGCUUCCGGCCACGCCGAUCCACCUCGAGGUGCGCCACUCUCAACCCCGCCCUGCCCCCUUCUCACUCCCAGGAGGACGUGUCGGUGGAGACUAAGAUGGACAUGAGACGCAAGACGGCUCUAGUCCUGCUGGAUCGAGAGAUUCGUAACCAGAGUGACCAGGAAAACUAUUAUAAGAGUUUGCAGGGAAGGAGGUUCAGGGAUUAGUCUCUUACCCUUCAAAAUAAAAGCCUUAUUUUAAAACUGGUCACUAACAGUAAAGAGCCUACUCAGUGAUGCUCGAGGCUCAAGUGUGUCCAUCAGCCCUGAGUUUUGUCCACUGCCGUCCAUCAGAGACACUGUUAAAGUUAUAAUAAUAAUGAAACAUUCAGGUGUCACACGUCGCACAGAAUACAAGAAAUCAAACUAGUUUAAUGAAUAAGUUCAAUCAGAAACAGACUCCUGUCCCAUGACGGAGAGUAGGAGGAGUGAAUGUGUAGGUUGGGGUUGUAGGGUGGGGUUGUGCUGACGUUCUGUGAUGCGACUCGUUUACUUUCACUAACAUUAAACCCCCGACUUAACAUUAGCAUUACCAAUAGCAAAGUAAAAUCAGUGACCCCCCCACAGAACAGAGUGAUCGUCUUCGUCCCUCUCGUCAGAAUCGUGAUCCGGUGAAAGGUCUUCCUGACAACACGAGACGACCGUCCACAGCGUCUCCCAGCAGGAAGCUGGAACGUUUCCACAGUGCUCCCAGCAGGAAGCUGGAACAUUUCCACAGCGUCUCGUUUCUCAAUAACCUGAAGUCAAAGAAAAGAUUUGUGACGAAGCACAAACCUGAAGCUCAAGACUCCGCCCACUGCUUCCUAAGCCACUUGAGAUCUCACACCGACUGUAUAUUACCUGGAUGAGUGUGUUGUGUUAUGAUAUUUGGUUGCUAUAGUGAUUCUCAGCAUGUUGGUUUGUUUGUGUGCUGCUCUGUGAUUGGUCGAGGCUGCACGUCCAAGUGAAUGUUUGUAUUGAUGAAAAAUGGACCAACUUGAGAUUAAAUAUAUAUCUAAAUAAUGAUAUUCAUAAUUAAAGACACAUUCCAUGAUUUAAAAGUUCCAUGUCUUUGUUCCGAAUAUAUAUUAAAUCGGCAUUUUAACCCAUAAAUACAAGUUAGUGUCAUCUGCAUAGAAGUUUGUCGCAUGACAAAUUUCUAUGUUAGUAACAAAAUCAUAAGAUUGAAAAAUAUUGACUUGUGAAUCUGCAAAUACAAAAACUUUGAUGAAGUUUUAAAACCUUGUUUAUUAAAGAAGACCUGAAGUUGUAAUUUGUUCAAAAUGUUUUGAGCACAAAGUCAAACCUUUCAGAACAAAAGUCCUUUGUUUGGAUGUAACGAGUGUGUCUGUAAAUAUGAGGCUGAUGAUGUGUCUGUGUUGUUACUGUGUUUGUGUUGUUGCACGUCGACGGCUCGAUUUCCUCAUCAUCUCUUUUUUUUAUUCAUGAAGACUCAAAAGAACCUGAAUGUAAAAAGCAUGUUUCUGUUAAUGUUGUGACGGGAAAUGUUAAAAAGACAAAUGUGCUGCUUUGAAAAAUAAACGGAGGACGGAUGCUGCAUGCUCGUGGUCGUCUGAUGAACAAUAAAAAAUUACUACUUCUUCGACACGACAUCCUUCAAAAGUAAUUCAGUUUUCAGAAUUAUGUUCAGUGGAUAUUGUAUCAUGUCUAUUCAAAUACUUAUGUUCAAAUGAAAUUAAUUUUUGACAUUUUCUUUUAUAAAUUGUUUCUUUGGUUCAAAUCAAUUCACGACUUUAAAAAAGUUUUUCAUUUGUUAUUGUUUUUGAACUUUUGAAUGAAAGUGGACUGGUUUUUAUUGUUGUUAUCAUGUCGCAAAAUGUGGAGGAAUUUGUAUCCAAUCAAAUUGUAUUUGUAUAGUAUCAAAUCAUAAGAUUUUCCUCACGUUGUACUACCAGGCUUCCAUAGUUUAUUAUUGGCUGUUAAAUGAAAAACCUCUUCGUUUCA